AUGGACGAGACCAACAGCGAUGGCGUGCAACUGGCUUUGUGGACACUGGCAGAAUGGACAGUCACCACAAGUACCGGCUGCACAUACUACUUCAUGAAGUUUGUCUUCCUGGUGGCGCAGAUCAUUGGAAUGUUUUCAUUGGUUGCUGGAGUGGUAUUUCUCCUAUCAGGACCUUUGAUUUGGAAGCACUACGAAUGGAUGCGGAUGGUGACGAUUCGCCAUGCUUCGGCAUUGAUGGCUUGCAGGUUUCGAUUGCUGAUCAAACCAAGUUUGUGGCUAGCCUGGUGGAUGCUUCGCCGAGAAAUCUGUUAUUUGCACGACAGGUUCAGGGAAUCCAAUCAACAAGGUGACUUCAUGACUGACAUGGAAGGUGUCUACGAAAGCUUGGACGAGUAUCUGACUGGUGGCCAGUAUCCAGUUGGAGCACUUGCAGCAUUGGAGGAACCGUAUGUGGAAGCCCAACCUGAGCCUCAACUCUUUGAGAAUGUGGAUCUAGCUGAAGCUGCGUUGCAACACGUAGCAAAUCUCAAUGGUCAUCAUAUUGACCGUGCAGCUCGUGAGUCUGAGUUGGACGAGGACAUCGAUAUGGAUGGAGAAACUCCAGAAGAUCGCAGGCCCUUCAUCAACCUGUGGCGCUGCUACGCGCUGUCGCAUGGUUUGGGCUUCAUCUUGGAGACGGAUCAAGGUGCAGCGCCAUCGCCCAACUGGAUGCGCUGGUUCGCUGCAGAGCGGUUCUUGUCCUUCUACGAUGCCUUGCUGAUCGUGGACCCCGACCAAGUGAUCGUGGCCCCCUGCUGGCACCUCUCAAUCUCCGAGCUCUUGGGCACAUGGCCAACUCCUGAUAGACCAGCUCCUGAUGUUGGAGUGCGCGACUUCGGACGUCCACAGACGCUGAACAACGGCGUGGCCCUGCUGAGAAACUCUCCGCGGGGGUGGCACUUCCUGAAGCUUUUACUGGAGAAGGCCAGUUGGCUUCACACCAUGGAGCACGACCAGGGCCCAUUUGACGAAACGGUCCUGGAGAUGCUGAGCAUGGAGGCGAUGGCUGCCAAUGAUAUCAAUGAAAGCUACGACUCGGAGUGUGCGCAGUUUCUCUUUCCCAAUUCCAAAGGGCACCAUGACUUGGCGCGCUAUGCCAUGUGUUGGUGGCGCACCACUGAAAGCCUCAGUGGGCCCUUUGGAGAACGACGCUCCCAAGUCAUCAGGUUCUUAGAUCCCCGACAGUACGACGUGAACCACGUCGUGGGCGCCCGGGGUUUGUCGGAUCCUGCCUUGUUGUACCACUUUGCCGGCCGCAGCAAGGACUGGGAUGCUAUGCUGCAGACCUUCGGGCUGGAACGCGAAGGAACCAGUGAUUGUCGAGAAGUGCUGAAGUACGUUCGUCAGAGGAGCGCAGAGCCCUGCGUGCCCGGUGGCCCUGUGGUGGAGCGUUGUGAGCCGCCCGAGGUGGUCUGCUAAGCGCCCAAAGGAUGGCGAGAGCGGAGAACUCGUGGGAAA